CCCACUCAGGCAGACUCUGCAGUGAAGGUGGACUAUCUGUUAGUUUGCCAGUUUUAUUUCCCCCCACCUCAAUCCUUCAUUUCACUCCCUGUAUAAACAACAAGCUGCCAGAGAGAGGAACAAGAAGGUGGGCAAACUUUAAGCGUUGUCUCACUCUCUCAUCAGCCUGGUGGGAUUGUUACUGGCACCUAAAUCUCAAGAGUCAUACCAGCAGCACCAAGCUCUACAGCGUCACCUGACGUCUGGAAUAUGGCACAGGUCCAGAAGAAGACCUCCACCAUGUCUGUAACCAUCUCAUCAUGUUCCCGAGAAACCUCUUCCUACUCCUCUUCUUCUUCCUCCACGUCCUCCUCUAGUCUUCAGCAGAAACACUCCAGCCUGGUUCAGCCCCUCUGCAUUAGCCCUCAGAGAACACAGACCCCAUGCCAAUAUUCAGGGAAUGGAGGCAUUGCACCGACAUUUGUCAAGUGUCUUCAUGAUGUGAGCACAGUGAAGGGACAACUUGUGGUGCUGGAGUGCAGAAUCAGGGGAACACCACCACUACAAGUGUCCUGGUACAGAGAGGAUGAGCAGAUCCCUGACUCUGCGGAUUUCCGCAUUCUUAGAAAAAAAGCAAGUUCUACAACUAUCCCAGAGGAGUUAUGCACUCUAGUCAUUACCGAGGCUUACCCUGAGGAUUCGGGCAUCUUUAAGUGUGUAACUGCAAAUCAGUUUGGAACAGCAUCCUGUAGCGCCCUGCUUGAAGUAUACACAGACAUAGAUGAGGUUUUAGCAGAUGGUGAUGCAAUUGGAGACUUUGAUAGACCGAAACAGGACAGCUUUCCCUCAUUGCUACAGGACGUAGCAGGGAUUCCCCCUCCGGAAUGGCCUGAUAGUCCUGAAGAAGAAACAGUUCCAGAUACAUCUAUGAUGCAAGAGUUUCAGUCUGCGAGUGGAACACCAGAGAAGACCCGCAUUUGUGUGUCAAAGAAUAAUUCUAGCUCUGGUUCUCAAAACUCUGCAGAGGCUUCAAAGGUCCUCUACACCCCCACAUCUCCACUGAAGGAGUUCCAAAACACUGUUCCUAAACCAUUCACUCCCUCAAGCAAGCUGAAUAACCAAGCGCAACCAAGCAGCACUACCAAGAGUUUGGCUGACCUCCCCACCUUCUCACACACACUCUAUCCACCCUGUGCCUUCAACUAUGAGCGCCCCCGCCACUUUAUUCAGUCUCAGCCUACAUUUCAGGCACCCAGCUAUGACAGCCUCCAGUCCAAUGGCAGCAGCAACCCCUCCCCACACUCUUCAAAUUUAAGCUCACCCAUUGCAACCACUCCAUCAUCAUUUAGCCCUCCUCCAUCUGCACCUCCUCCUGCCCCCAUGCGUACUAGUGUGACUUUGAUCCCUAGAGUAUCAAGUUCCCGGUGUGAUGACAAAACAUCAUCUGCAGAUUUUCUAUGCUCUAUGCUUCCUUCGCAACCAACUUCACAAGGCAAAUACAUCUCUGUGUCUCUGCCCCAAUCCCAAUCUCCUCGGUACUCCCCCACAUCCCCCAAUACCUUGCCAAGGACCUCACAACAAACUCCCCAAAGUCAGCCACCAAGUAAUAUUCCUUCUUCUCCAACUCCACCACAAAUGUCCCCAAAGCCUAUGAAAACAGCUGCUCUCCCUCAGCAUUCUUCACAUGUCUCGCAACCUGUUAACUACAAGGAAACCCCCAACAUCUUGCCAAAACCAAUAUUGAAGAAGACUGUUUCCCAACCAGUACUGCGUUCUACAGAUGAAGAGAUCCAAGGCUCAAAGGAUGCUCUCAUACAAGACCUAGAGAAGAAGCUACGCAGUAAAGAGGCUCGCCAAAAGAGCAAUCAGAAGCUUUCUUAUGAGGAACGCAUGGCUCGCAGAUUGCUGGGUCGAGCUAAUGCUGCCUCAGUGUUUGAUCUUGAGAAUUCUUCUGAAUCUCAGCCUAAGCAGACAUUUUCACAAGAAGAUCAACAGACUGGAAUAUGCAGCAGCAAGCUUCUUCCUGGAGGGGAUUUGCCUGAGGGAUCUGCCAUUCAGGAAAAGUGUUAUGCCCCUCGAUUUAUCCAGGUGCCCCAGGACCUUACUGUGGAAGAGGGCCGUUUCUGCCGGAUUGACUUUAAGGUUGGAGGUUUACCAACCCCUGAUGUCACUUGGUAUCUGGAUGGGAAAGCUAUCCGACCUGACGAUUAUCAUAAGAUGCUUGUAUGUGAGAAAGGCGUCCAUUCCUUCAUCAUUGAGAUCGUGACCGUUCACCAUGCAGGUGUAUAUGAAUGUGUUGCCAGGAAUCGCGCCGGAGAGAAUCGCUUCUCCUUGCGUUUGGAUGUAAUUGCUCAAGAAUUGCAGCGCCCACCAACGUUUGUGGUUAAAAUGCAGAACCUACGGGUCCUUGAAGGUGACACAGUGAGGUUAGAGUGCAAAGUGUCCGCUUCUCCUUCUCCACAGGUCUACUGGAAGAAAGAUAAGGAAAUGUUGCGCAUUGAUCCCACCAGAAUGAGUCUGUCCCAUGACAGUUCUGGACAUCAGUGUCUGUUCAUUGACCGGGUGGUGAAAUCUGAUGCAGGCUGGUAUACUGUAUCUGCCAUUAACGAGGCUGGAAUGUCCACCUGCAAUGCUAGGUUGGAUGUGGCAACUCGGCUGAACAAGACAGGCCCUCCAGCCAAGCCACUGAAGAUGCUUCCUAUCAUCAACCAGUUUUCCUCUUUGGGCUCAGAAAGUAGCCCUCGGCACACUGCCCCUCUGUAUGAGAGUGAGGAGUUAUAGACUUUCCUGUGAGCCUUCAAGUAUAUUUUUGUUUUGAGAAUUAUUGUAGAAUCAUAAGCAUUAUUCUUAUUCUUUAUACUUACAUAAGCCACGUUUAUGCUGUUAAAAGUAGUAUCUCUCAUCCUGCACUUUAGCCUGUGUUUCAUCAUAACAUCCAAACAACUAAUGAGUGAUUUCAAGUAAGUUUGUCAUUCCAACAGAAUCAACCAUCUGCUGCAGAGAUAAAUUUCACUGACGAAUUGCCAUGAUGUCAGUGUCAUGAUGGUUUACUGUUGAUGGUAUAGAACAGUUUAAUGUGGGUGGUAAUUUGAGGCACGUCUUGUGUACAUGUACAUGUGUACACACACACACACACACACACACUAAUGUUUAAAUAUUUAUAAAACCGAAAAAGUGUUCAGUUUUGCUGGAAUUUUCCUUUAAGAGCUAAAAUGGAAUUUGCUGAAAGAAUUAUCUUAUAAAACUUCACUGUGCAUCAUACUGUUCCAUUCUGUAGACUCCAUAUACAUAUAGCAUAUAGAAGGUGGACAAAAUAACAGAAACACUUAAUAUAUAAGGUAUAGUUGCCUUUUUAGAUUAAGGCUACCCUUUUUAUUCAGAACAGCUUCAAACACCUGUUUGGCCAUGUGCACAGGGGAAUAUGGGAACAUCACAGAACAAUGUUUGCACCCAAGUGUGCCCCAAAAAGCAGUCAUCUGACCUAAUGAUGGCUAGCCACAUCUUUAUGAACUCAUGACCAGUUGGCAAGAGACAACACAAGGUAAAGACGUUUUGGUUGUUUCCUUAUUAUAUAGACCUUUAUGUGGGAACAGUGUUAAAGAUGGCUCUUUAGACUACAGUUUCCCAUUGCUUAGGGGUCCAGGUUUCUACCUAAUCCUUACAUUGGACUAUAAAAACACAUUUAAAACUAAUGUCAGGAUUUAUUCUGUUUCAUAUUCUUUUUCAUGUACUGUUUCUCAUAUUUCAUCCACCCCAUAUAUGUUUUUGGGAAGGUGUUCCUUGUGUGUUAAAGUGGGUAAAUUUUUAGAAUCCCUGCGUAUGCAAACAAUGUAAAGAUUAUCUUUAUUGAUUGUAAUCAAAUGUCUAUUAUUCAUCUGCCUUUGUGGGUAUUUUGUUCUAAAUGUAAAAAUGCUAUCAAAAGUCAUAUUGUGUAUACAAAUGGGAAAAAAUCAGCUGUGUCGAGCUAAAUAUUCACAGGGCAUCCAUUCAACUUAAGCUAUAGAGAGUGAACGUGCUGGGAUCUUGUGUCAGAACAUUUGGCAUCUACUCCUGCCACUGUCUGUAUGUGUUUUACAGGUACUUUUGUACAGCAAUAAUAGCAACCUUGGAAAAUGCAAAUAAAGACAUUAAAAUCAGGCAUAAAGUGGCAUUGUAAAUUUACACUGAAAGAGAGAUGUCUUGCUUUUUAACUACAUCUACAUGGAGAGAGAGAAAGAUUUUUUUUAAUAUUGAAAUUAAAAUACUGAAACAAUUAUUCCAGGGUCAGAGUCAGAUUGCAACAACAUUUAAGAAGCAAACAUUGAGAAUACAACAGCAUUUGGGGAGAAAACAAAAACAUUUGGAUACAAAUACAUUGAGGGAGAAUAGACCACUGUAGUUGUGUCAUCAUUUUAUAUGUCAUUUUAUAUGCUCUUAUGCCCAUUUUAGGGGUCUGAAAGGAAUUCCUCUAUGAGAAAAAUAAACAGAGUUUUGAAAAUUGCCUCUUUCACAUCCUGUGAUAAUCAAAAAUGUCCUAAA